AUGGCACCUCCUCCUCACGAGUGUCACGUGUGCCAAAAGACCACCAAGACACUAGUUGAAGAUUCCAAGCUAUGUGUGCUGUGUCAAGAAGAAACCCGUCUUCUUAUCGCCAGAGAAAGAGAUCUGGAAGCCAUUCAUAAGCAGAGUCAAGAUCAAGUAAAUGCAAUCUUUGAUUUAAUAGACCAUCCUCAAAUUAAUUUGCUGUUGGAUAAGGAGUUGGUGCAUCUGACUAAGUUUCUUACUAUUCAAUUCAACAAGUUGAAAAUGCUUAAUCUCAACAUUGAAUUGAAUACUAUCCAUGCAGCCAUCGACAGUCUUAAGUAUCGCAUAAAGUAUUUGAAUGUUGAAGUAGAUUUGGCUAGAGAAGGCAUUGAUACCAAAACCCAGGUAUUAGCUCAACAAAGAAAUGAGUUACUUUUCAAGUAUCAUCAAACAUUGAAGGCCCUAGAUACCAAUGCUCAAGAUUAUCAACAACAUAAUGUUCAUCAAAUACGACGGCAUGUGGUCAAACAAACCCUUGUGAAGUAUAAAGCACUUAAACUGUUGGUAUUCACCACUCACUCGAAAGAGUUGCUAUUUUUCUAUGGACAACCUAUCAUCGCAUUUGGCGAGUUUAUGUCGUGCAAUAUUCUUGUUCUAAAUGACUUUUUGGAGAACUUGGUUCGACUACAAAUCCAUCUUGAAUCUCUUUUCUCAAUAGACUUGCCGUAUCUCGAAGGUUUGCGUGCUUACCUUCCUGUGUCUGAGUUCUACAAUUCCAGACAAGAGAAGGAGCUUGAGUUGAAGGGAGAAGAAGAUCAACACUAUGAAGAACAUGAAGCUGAACAAGAAGAUCAGCAUCAUCAACAACCAUUCAAUAAUAUUGUAGGGGAUAAUUCUGAAAAGGUGCUUAAGCUUGGUGACCAAAUCAAGCUCCCCUUAUCUUCAAAGACUUUGAACAGGCAACGACGACUUUCUGUAAUAGAUCCAAAGAUCAUCACUUCUUCUUCUUCUCGAGGCCCUUCACCCACUACUCAAAAGGACGAAUCUUCUACAAAAUCUGCUUCCAGAACAGCUUCACCAAUGGGAAAUAAGAAAAUGGUGAUAGUACCUCAUCGCAUUUUACGAUUACCAUUCAGCCGGCUCUCCAUACGUGACUUCCUUCGUUUUCUAUUGGUUCUUAGUAAGAUUCUUAUAAACUUUGAUUACUUUCUCCUGCACGUUGGUUCUCGGGAGUCCACGCCUUAUGACAUGUACGACCUUCUACAGCAAGUACACGAUGUCGAUAAGUGUUUGCAGCCACAACAACAACAGCAGCAACAGCAGCAUGACACAAGUGAUAGGUCAUCCAUAUCCACAGUUGAUAUCCAGCCAGUUAUGGAGAAGCUAUAUGAACUUAUCAUAGUCAAGCCACUGAGUGACACAAGAAAGGGACCUCCUGAGCUCCUUCGUAACUUGAAUGUUAGAGACUUUAUCUACUCCUACAAAGUCAAGCAUGAUUGGGACGUCAUUCAGUAG